UCUUAGGGAUACGUGAGUCGACAGGCGCUGUACGCGUGCCAGACGUGCCCAUUGGUGGCCACGAGUGCCGCCGAAGCCGAGAAUGGGUGUCCCCCGCGCGCCGCCAUAUGCCUCGCCUGUAGCUACCGGUGCCACGACGGCCACGAUCUCGUGGAACUGUACACUAAACGCAACUUCCGGUGCGAUUGCGGUAACGAUAAGUUCGGCCAAAAUGAGUGCAAACUAUAUUCGAAAUCGGGUGUCAAUGACCGCAACCAAUACAACCACAACUUCGACGGCGUGUACUGCGAGUGUCGGCGCCCUUACCCCGACCCGGACGACGAGGUGGACGACCAAAUGAUUCAGUGCGUGGUGUGCGAGGACUGGUAUCACGGAAGGGGUAAGGAGACCAAGAUGUUGUUCUGUUACGGUCAAAAACUUCGCAUCGAAAUGAAUGACUCGAACGCAGACAUCGAUGUCUCGUCCACUGAACCCAAUGCUGAUCCAAAUGUGUCGACAAAAAGCGAGUCAUCGGUGGCUAAGGAGGCCGUCGACAGCGGUAUCGAAAACUCGUGCGAUUCGGUGGCCGACUCUUCGGGCGCCGGAAAGCUUAACGAAUGCAAACUCAAGGCAUUGAAGUCGGGAGCGGAUGGCGCGGACCCACCGACCGGUCAGUUGUCGGCCACCUAUUGGCCAAUGGAAUGGCGCCGACAGCUCUGCAAAUGCAAGGCCUGUCUGAGUGUCUACGCGGACAACAAAUGCCAGUUCUUGACGGACGACAAGGAUAUGGUUCACUACUACGAGAAGGAGGGCAUGACGUCGAACACCCGGUUCUUGACGGACGACAAGGAUAUGGUUCACUACUACGAGAAGGAGGGCAUGACGUCGAACACCCGGGUCAGCGACUACGACAAGGGGCUGUCCGAGUUGGGCAAAAUGGACAGGGUGCAACAAAUCGAGUACAUUAGCGGUUACAACGAUUUGCAGACAUCUCUCAAAGAAUAUCUUCGAGGGUUCGCCGAAUCCAAGAGAACGGUCACCGAAGACGACAUCAAAGAGUUCUUCGAGCAGAUGAGCGCUCGUAAGCGACAGAAACUGGAUAUGCCUUACAAUUGCAAAUGA